GGCGCGGGCGGGGCCGGGCCGGCGGCGCGGGGCCCUUUAAGAGGUGCCGGCUGCGCGGGAGGGCGGCACAGGGCCCGGCGUGCAGGGAGUCGCGUUGCGGCCCCGCCACUGCUUAGAGCACAGCAGCAGCCAAGACCCCUCGCCCGGAGCCCGUAACACCGAGAGCCGGUGCACGCAACUCCGGGCUCUGUCGCACCGCGCUCCAUCACACGGACCCUCGGAUCCCACCGCGCUGAGGUCCUUUGUAGGGUACUCUUCUGCUGAACGGAACCCCGGACCCUAUCCCAUCAAGGUCUACUGCAUUGUGCCUGGCUCCCGUUCCACAGAUCCUCGGACCCCACUGCGGUGGAUUCCACUGCGCCGAACUCCGGACCCUAUCAUACCGAGUCCCGUUACACGCUGCCUGGACCCCUCGUUACAGCGGAACUCCCGCUCCCCAUUGUACAGACCCCCGGGUCCCAUGGCAGGGACCGCCGGUGCGGCGGCAAUGGCAUCCGGGAGCCGGCCCUUGGGGGCCGUCCUGUUGCUGCUGCUGCUGCCGGCGGUGCUGCUGCCAGCGGCGUGCCGGGCGGGCGGCGUGUGCUCGGGGGAUGGCGGCCCGCUGGAGCCCUUCGACGCGCUCUACGCCAGCGGCGUGGAGGCUUACUACGGCGGAGACUUCGCGGGCGCGGCGCGGUGCCUGGAACGGGCGCUGCGCAGCCGGCGGGAGCUGCGGGCCGCGCGGUUGCAGUGCCGCCGGCGCUGCCGCGGGCAGGUGCGGUUGGUGUCGCCGGGCCCGGGAGCCGGCGGUGACUUGCCCUUCUUGGGCUCGGUGCUGCGGCGGGCCGGUUGCGUGCGGAACUGCGAGGAGCCGCGCCUGGGAGCCGCCUCCCGCCACCGCACCGCCGAGGAGGUGCGCGCCGACUUCCAGCGCAGGGUGCCCUACAGCUACCUGCAGCGAGCAUACAUCCAGCUGAACAAGCUGGAGGAGGCGGCAAAUGCAGCUCACACCUUCUUCAUGGCAAACCCUGAGCACAUGGAAAUACAACAGGACAUUGAGAAUUACAAGACCACAGCAGGGAAAGUCAGCUUGAUUGACCGGGAAGCCAAACAGCACAUGGAGGACUACAGUGCUGGAGUAAGGCAUUAUGACAAGGAGGAGUAUGGGCUGGCCAUUGACUUCUUGGAGCGUGCGUUGAAAGGAUACUACUCAGAGGACGAGGACUGCCAGAUCAUGUGUGAGGGACCUCAGAGGUUUGAGGAGCAUGAGUACUUGGAGUAUAAGGCUGGCCUCUAUGAAGCUAUUGCAGAUCACUACAUGCAAGUCCUGGCCUGCAAACACGACUGUGUCCGAGAACUUGCCACACGUUCCGGCCGUAUCUCGCCCAUUGAAAAUUUCCUUCCCCUCCAUUAUGACUACUUGCAGUUUGCCUACUACAGAGUUGGUGACUACGUAAAAGCCCUGGAGUGUGCCAAGUCCUACCUCCUCUUCCACCCAGAUGAUGAAGAUGUCUUGGAGAAUGCAGGUUAUUACGAGGGCCUCUUGGAAGGCACAAUUGAUCCAGCCACCAUCAAACCCAGAAAGGAAGCAAAAGUGCUGCUGAGGCGCCAUAAGCUGGAGUCUCACCUCUUGCAAGUGGCUGCGGCUGGCCUGGGCUACACCUACACGGAGCCGAACUACUGGAACAGGUAUGGCGCCCGCCAGGACGAGCACAGUGUCCCAUCAAGUGUUAGCAGUGAACCAGAGGAUGGACCUCGGCUGUCCCUGGUAAAGAAACCCACCCCAAAACCAGAUCGAGAGUUGAAGGAAGGGGGCCCGCUUCUCUACAGCGACGUGAAGUUUGUUUACAACUCAGAGCAGCUGAACGGCACCCAGCGAGUGCUGCUGGAUAACGUCAUCUCGGACGAGCAGUGCAGAGAGCUUCACAGGGUGGCCAGUGGGAUCAUGUUGGCUGGAGAUGGUUACAGGGGUAAAACCUCCCCUCACACUCCAAAUGAGAGAUUUGAAGGAGCCACUGUCCUCAAAGCCCUCAAGUACGGCUACGAGGGCCGCGUCCCGCUGAAGAGUGCCCGCCUCUUCUACGACAUCAGUGAGAAGGCUCGCAGGAUCGUCCAGUCCUACUUCAUGCUCAACUCCACUCUUUACUUCUCCUACACCCACCUGGUGUGCCGCACUGCCCUCUCCGGCCAGCAGGAGAGGAGAAAUGACCUGAGCCACCCCAUCCACGCUGACAACUGCCUCUUGGACCCCGAGGCCAAUGAGUGCUGGAAGGAGCCUCCUGCUUACACCUUCCGGGAUUACAGUGCCCUGCUGUACAUGAACGCGGAUUUUGAAGGUGGAGAGUUCAUUUUCACCGAGAUGGAUGCCAAAACUGUGACUGCCUCCAUCAAGCCCAAGUGUGGGCGAAUGAUCAGCUUCUCCUCGGGCGGAGAGAACCCCCACGGGGUGAAGGCAGUCACCAAAGGCCAGCGGUGUGCUGUGGCUCUCUGGUUCACCUUGGACCCCCUUUACAGAGAGCUGGAGCGAAUCCAGGCAGAUGAAGUGAUUGCGAUGUUGGACCAGGAGCAUCGAGGACCCAGUGAAAUGAACAUCAACCCAAAGGAUGAGCUAUGAACUAGGCCAAAGACUUUUUCUAUUAAAUAUUUAUUUAAUAUUGUUAAUCUUAUUAGAACCCUUCUAUUUUUGUACAGAGACACUGUAUAAAUUAACAGGUUAAUAUGAUGGUGGAGUUUCAGAAGUGCCUCUUCUGUGUUUAGCACAGCUCUUGCUGAGACCUCUCAUCUCUCUGCCAGCACCUCCUGCUGCAGCUGAUUCUGCCUCUGGGAUUCCCUGCCCUUUCCUAGUGCAUCUCAGGACUUAUUGAGACCUACUAUACCCUCUUGGAGAAUCCCUUUUUUGUCUUCCUUCACUAGAGAUAGCUGCUUUAGCCCCUGCUAGAGAAACAUCUCAGGUGUGGUAACAGACCAAUCUUUCUGCCUUUGCUAAGUGCUGGCUGAAGACCCAGGCAGUGAUACUUGAAGGAAACUGGAGCACGGUUCAGUUAUUUCCAUCUCAGAUCUCUUCACUGUUUCAAAUAGGCUUUUUAGGGAAAAAAAAACCCACACCAAAGCAAACCCCAAGUCCUAGCAAAAUGUGUAUUUCUGUAGCCAUGUAAAGCUCACAUUUGGGUGUUAAUUCUGAGCAGACCUUCCAGAAAUCACCUGAUGGGCAGGAGCAGGAGCUGUGUACAAGCAAGAAGGUCUUUGAGUUGCAGCUGACUGUGGUGAAAUAGUCUGUCAUUCAUGUUGGGUCCCUGCCCUUGAUAAUGGCUUGGGGUGCAUGAAAGAAACUGCUUUACACUGCGUCCUUUGAGCUUCCAGCCCAGUGCUGCUGCUGGAAAAAAACACAAGGUUCUUCAUGUCAUCUUCUAAAUUACCAUUUCCAGGUCCACACUGAAAAGCAUCUGAAGGGCUUAUGGGCUUUCCAGUGCUGCUUCCUGCUGUCCUGACCAUGCAGAAGCAGCAGAUGUUCACUGUGAGCAACUUUUCUUCAGACUCUCUCUGAUCCAGUCUGCAGGUGUUGCAGUGAAAGCUCAUGCUGCUUAUCACAGGAGAUUUGCCAUGCUGCUAAGCCAGUAAAUCAUCUCUCUCCCACCACUGCAUUAACGUGUGUGUGGGGGAUAAGAGCAGCCCCUGCCCACCAGAACACACUGAAGUCACCAAACUGCCAGACAGCUUUUAUUUUGACCAAACAUCUGCUUCUGCUGCUGGAAAGCAGUUCCUGCAAGGCAGGUUGCAUCAGUCUUUGCUGAUGAAUUUAUUGCAAGGCUGCUGUCUCUCCAGAAAGCACUGCAAGAAUGUCAGCAGGAGUUUGCAUCCCUGGGCAGCUUAGCUCAGUUCCCUGUUGCACUGGCACUUUCCUAGUCUUUUCCUGCUCCCCAUUGCCAGCUUUGGCAUUUCUAGGACUUAAAAUUUCCACUAGGGAAUUGUAUUUUCUCUUUGUUCGAGCAGCUUGUACCUACCUAAGUUGUCCAGGCGCAGCAGCACUCUUCUCAUCUAGUCAGUGGUUGCAAGGGCCGGAGAUGAGCAUGGUCCUUCUGUAGAGACCUCAACAGAUUGCCCUGAGCAAGACAAAGGGGAACUCAUCAGGAAAAAUGAAUGCUUAGACUGUGAAGGGAGCACCAUUACUGCCUAGAAAAUGCUGGAAGGGUCAUAUGCUGCAUCUCCUCCAGUGUGGUAUCUACAGGGGAGAACGUUCUGAGUGUUUCUGAGCCACCAGUGUAGCUUGUUGCUUGGGGGUUAUCUGCCUUCCUCCUAGACUGCUGACAGAGUCCUUAUAUUGGUUCCCAAAGAACUGCCUACAGGUCUAUGCUUUUCAGAAACCUUUCCCUGCUUAAAUGUCUUCACUCCAAGUCCUUUUUAAGCCAGCCAGGGUAAAAACUGGUGGAAAGAAGAGGAAGGUGGCUUGAGAGCUGACACACUGAUUGUGUUGUUCCCCAUUCACACCACACUGUUGUAUUCAAGACUUAACUCCUCCAUGCUGCACCUUCAGCAUGAGUUUGUGCUGCCAUCUCCCUGACAACCACAUCUUCCUGCUCGAGGCAGUCCCUCCUCUUCUGGGGGCUGUGGAGAUCCCACCCUCCUGGGGGGAGAUGAGGCAGGGAGCAUUGCAGGUCGUGGUUUGUUUGCUGCGGCUGCGGUGGUUAGCCAGAGCUGUUGUCUAAAUCCAGGGGAAAUAAAUUCAACACAACA